AACUUCCUCCCGCGCUCCCCUCCAUCGCCCCGCCUGUCCGUCUUGAAUCUCUAUAUCCCUCCAACUUCCCCCCUCACACGCCCGACGACGCGGGAUGCAAUCGGAGUGAAUUGAGUCAAUUCGAACCCUCAAUACCCCGGUCGGCACUCGAAGCUCAAAUUCCGAAUCGCUCCUCAAAAGUGCCGAGCUCAACGCUUUUCUUCCUCCACACAAUCGCCCACCAUGGCCACGCUCCCGUCCUCAGGCCCUUUUGCGCCGCAAUACGUCCACGGGGUUUACAUUCCUUGUGGCCUUCUCAUCGUUGGCUGUGCGAUUGUGAAAUCGGAAUGGCUCCCAUACGCGUUUGCCGUUGCGGCGCUGCUAGGCGGGUGGAAGGUGUAUAGUAACCAACCGCGCAAGAUCCUCAAGCCGGACCAGUUUCAGCAAUUCGAGCUCAAGGAGAAGACCAUCCUGUCGCACAAUACUGCUAUCUACCGCUUCAAGCUCCCUCGGCCAACCGACAUCCUCGGCCUCCCCAUAGGCCAGCACAUUUCUAUCGCUGCCACGCUCCCCGGUCAGCCCAAAGAAGUCGUCCGCUCUUACACUCCGAUUUCCUCCGAUCUGACCCCCGGUUACUUCGACCUUCUCAUCAAGUCAUACCCUACCGGUAACAUCAGCAAGCAUGUCGCGUCACUGAUGGUUGGGCAAACGAUGAAGGUGCGUGGGCCCAAGGGCGCCAUGGUCUACAAGCCCAACAUGGUCCGUCACUUCGGUAUGAUUGCUGGUGGUACGGGUAUUACGCCUAUGCUACAGAUAAUCCGCGCAAUUGUAAGAGGCAGGCCGUUGGGAGAUAAGACGGAGGUCGAUUUGCUGUUCGCGAACGUGAACCCUGAGGAUAUCUUGCUGAAGGAGGACUUGGAUGAGUUGGUAAAAGGGGAUAGUGGGUUCAGGGUACAUUACGUGCUCAACAACCCGCCAGAGGGGUGGAAGGGCGGCGUAGGCUUUGUCACGGCGGAUAUGAUCAAGGACAAACUCCCUGCCCUCGCAAAGGAUGUCAAGGUUCUCAUUUGCGGCCCACCGCCCAUGAUAAGCGCGAUGAAGAAGGCGACCGAGUCGCUAGGCUUCCAGAAGGCCAAGCCAGUGAGCAAGCUUGAGGAUCAAGUCUUCUGCUUCUAGGCAAACAAUGUACGACUGGUAAAUACAGACACAUGACAGCUCCCGUAUGCAUGGCGUAUGGACGUUGCUAAAAGACUUUAAUCACAUAGCGCGGAUCAAAUAGGCGUAGAGGAGGUAGAUAAAAUCAAAGUAUUGUUUGAUUGUGGUAUCAUCGAGCU